CAUGGAUACCACCGGCCACAGCGUCCUCCUCCUCCAGCAGCUGAACAUGCAGCGGGAGUUUGGCUUUCUGUGUGACUGCACAGUUGCCAUUGGAGAUGUUUACUUCAAAGCCCACAGAGCGGUGCUCGCUGCUUUUUCAAACUAUUUUAAGAUGAUAUUUAUUCAUCAGACGAGCGAAUGCAUAAAGAUUCAGCCUACAGACAUUCAGCCUGACAUAUUUAGUUACUUGUUGCAUAUCAUGUACACCGGAAAAGGGCCAAAGCAGACCGUCAGCCAGAGCCGACUGGAGGAGGGCAUCCGCUUUCUCCACGCAGACCACCUCUCCCAUAUCGCGAUCGAGAUGAACCAAGUGUUCUCCCCAGAGCCGGUCCAGUCUUCAAACUUGUACGGCAUCCAGAUCUCGGCCGCACACAAACCGGCGAAGGAACGCCUGGGAGCGAAGGAGAGUCUGCCCAAGGUGGGCAGCAGGUCUGCUGCCCAGGGCGAUCACCCGCAGCUGCAGCUCUCUCUGGCCAUCGGCCUGGACGACAGCUCCCUCGACCAGCAGGUCGCUCGCCCCUCCGCUCAGCCCGCUGCUCUCGCCAAGCCGGCAGAAGGGCGUCCGAAGCUCUCGGUCUCCAUAAAGCAGGAGAGGUGCGACUCGGAGCCCGUGGUGUCCCAGAGCUGCGCCCCUCCUUCUCCGGAGGUAGCAGGCCCCAUCUUUGCUAAGGCCAGCCUCAGGGUGCACUUGUGUCACUACUGCGGGGAGCGUUUUGACUCCCGGGGGGGGCUGCGGGAGCACUUGCACACCCACGUCUCGGGCUCGCUGCCGUUCGGCGUGCCGGCCUCCAUCCUGGAGAGCAGCGACCUGGGGGAAGUGCAGCCUCUGGCUGAGGACAGGGAGGCUGGGGAUGGCCACCGGCUCGGGGCCUUCCUCCUCAAGGAGGAUGAGCAUCAGCUGGAGCAUCUGAGCUGCAGCGACUUGGAGCCUCUGCAGAUCAGCCAGCUCUCCCUCAUCUCCAAGGACCACGAACCAGUAGAGUUGAACUGUAACUUUUCUUUCUCAAGAAAGAGAAAAAUCAGCUGCACAGUUGGCCGCACGUUUUUCCCGAAGAGCCAGCUGCUCGAACACGUGUACACACACAGAGGGAAACAGCACAAAUACAGCCCAAAAACCAGCCGCUGCCAGCGGCUGGAGAGCCCCGCGACCCCCAGGUUUCGUCCUUGCUGUGACAGCGAGAGCGUGGGGAAAAGCUCCAGUUUAUCCCAAGACCACUGAGAUGAAUGUAUACUGGAGUCGGAUCUCAUCCAAGAAAGUGUUGAUACGAUCCUGGUAGAGUAG